AGUCUUGGAGAAGUGUUUUUAGUCGGUGGACGAAAGCUCAUUUUGUUAAAACGUUUUCGGAAAGUCAAUCUCUCUUUCGCUUAAAGAAAAUGUGUGUGGAAACAAAACGCUGAUAAAUACGAAGAACAAAUGAAAUACGAAGUGAAAAUACAUAUUACAAAAGAUAUAAAUAAAUAUUUGGGAUAAAAAAUACACAAUAAAUACUAAAGAUACAUUUGCAUAUAUUUUUAAAAUACAAAUAUUCAUGUGGUGUGACAGAUUUAUUUAAACGAAACUAAAAAGAGCGAGAGAAGAAUCACAAGCAACAAAAACUCAACUGCAGCAACAAAUUAAAAAAAAAAAAAAAAAACAAAAAUGACUUCAACCUCAACAAUAAAACGAUUUAUAUACAUUUUCGAUGUUCUUUGUACACUAUUGGCAGCAGUAUUAAUUGGAUUCGGUAUAUAUGUAAUCUUAACGUACGAAACAGAUGAAAUGGCCUCAAUAGCAUCAUAUGCUUAUAUGGGAGUCGGGAUUUCAGUGAUUGUGGUUUUACUUUUCCUAACCAUUGGAGCCGCUAGAGAAAAUGUUUGUUGUACUAUAACGUUCAUUAUACUGAUGAUUGUGGUCAUACUUGCACAAGUAGUGGUUACGUUUCUUUUAACUAAAAGUAAAGAAAGCAUUUCCUCAAACUUAUCGAAUACUUUAGAUAAUACAUGGGACGAUGAGAUUAAAAAUCCCGGUGCUAUGUCACACUAUGAAUCAUGGUUUAAGUGUUGCGGUCGUGCCAGUCCUCAAGAUUAUAUUGUAAAUGGACGUUUACCUCCAAAUAGCUGUUUCGAAAAUAACGACUCCUCAAUACCAGAAAAUCUCAUCGAGACAGGCUGUCGUAUUAAGUUUGAUCAAUAUUGGACAAAUUUACUAAAUGUCUUUAAUAUUGUUGCUUGGGUUUUAAUAGGUUUAGAGUUGAUAAUAACAUUCAUUUCAUGCUGUCUCUGCAAUAGUAUUCGCAACGAUCGUAGGCGUACUUACUAUUAAAUUUUACUCUUAUUAGUUUUAAAACAGUCAUCGGCAAAUACAUACAAGAAAAAUAUUAAUUUAAAAUGCAGGGAAAUUACCGGAAAAAUUAUGUUCAUUUAUUAUAUACACAAUUUUUUAACUCUACAUACCCGAAGAAAUGUAUGUAGUUUGAGUAUUUUACAACUCUAUAAUGACAGAACCUCGCCAGUAUCGCUCAAGUGAGAGUAUUAAAUAGAUGAUCGAUUGUAUGUAGGUUUGAAGGCAAACGUAUACAAAAGCCAUUGGGGCCCCGAUUGUUUGUAGAUGACGGUUUUUAAGUAAAAAUGGUUGCUUUUUUUAUACCCUCCACCACCAUCAGUGGUAUAUAUAAAUUUGUCGUUCCGUGUGUAACACCAAGAAAUAAUCAUCUAAGACUCAACAAAGUAUAUACAUAUAUUCUGGGUCCUUAUGAUAUUCUGAGUCAAUUUAGCUAUGUCCGUUUGUCCGUCUGUGUAAAACACGCUCACGUUAAAAUUAAGCAAAGGAAAUCAACCAAAUUCACCCAAAAUAUAUAUUAUUAUCCUAAGCAGUUCGGCUCACGACGUAAAAAGUUAUGAGUAAAAAUUUCAGACUACCUCGAAAAAGAUUACGUUUUAUUCCUAAUUAUUUUGAAGUUUUCUCAGAAACUACCAAAGAUAUUUCGAUGAAUUUUGUCACACAUUAUUUUUUCAGGGCAGUGAUCAAUUAUGUUUAAAAACUUUACAAUCGAUCCAAUAUUUCCAAUAGUCCCCAUACAAAGGUAUAUAUUUCCGGAAAUUAGUUUAUCAAUAAUAACUCCCUCAAAUAUAUCGGUAUCAACACAAAAUUUUGUACAUGCAAAUAUAAUAUGAACAGAAAUCAUACUAUCAACGUAGAUCUCAGUCGGUCCACAAUUGGUCAUAGCUCCCAUAUAAGGUCAACUUCCUAAAAUCACCUAAACGCACAUAUUUCAUUGAUAAAUAAAGCUAUUGUGAUAAAAUUCUAGUUGAAUAUGUUUUGUGUACAUACAAAUCAUUCUACCAAAUUUUACGGAUCGGUCCAUUAUUGGUCAUAGGUCCCAUAUAUGGCCCACUUCCGAAAAUCAUUUAAAAGCACAUAUUUCAUUGUCAAAUAAAGCUAUCUUCGACACAAAUGUGUUUUUUUGUAGAUGACGGUUUUUUUGUAGAUGACUUUAUUAAUUUUUUUCCGGAUAGCCUCCCAUAUAAGGUCCAUUUACGAAAAUCACUUAAACGCAUAUAUUUCUUUGAAUAGUAAAGCUAUCGAUAUAAAGUACGACUUGAAUAUGUUUUGUGAGCAUAUGAAUCAUUCUACCAAAUUUUUUCCGGAUCGGUCCAUAUAUGAUAAUAGCUCCUAUAUAAGGUCCACUUCAAAAAAAAAUCACUUAAACGCACAUAUUUCAUUAUCAAAUAAAGAUAUCUUAAUAAAAUUCGACGCAAAUAUGUUUUGUGUACAUAUGAAUCAAUCUACGAAAUUUUUCCGGGUAGGCCAGUAAUUGGUCGUAGCUCCUAUACAUAUUGGGUCCACUUCCGAAAAUCACCUAAACGCACAUAUUUCAUUAAUUAAUAAAUCUAUUGCAGUGAAAUUAGACUUCAUUUUUUUUGGCAUAUAAAUCAUUUUACGAAAUUUUUUCCUUAUCGGUCGAUAAUUGGUCACAACUCCCAUAUAGGGAUUUUUUCCGAAAAUUACUUAAAUGCACAUUGACAAUCAAAGUUAUCGGGAUAAAAUUCUACAUAAAUGUGUAUUUUGUAUAUAUAAAUCAUUCUACGGGAUUUUUUGCCGGAUCGUACCAUAAGUUGUCUUAGCUCCCAUAUAAGGUAUACUUCUGAAAAUCACUUAAUACCACUUAAUUCGUUAUUUAAUGAUUAUAUCCGCAUAAAAUUCGAAAUGAAUAUGUUCUGUGUAUAGAUAAAUCAUUCUAUUAAAAUGUGUUCGAACUGGCCUUUUAAUAUAAAUUUUUCUGGACCUAUUUAAAAUUAGUUUGACAUAUGCAUAAAUGUUAGUAGCCUCAAUACGGAAACAAAAAUUUUGCCAAGUUAUCUAAAAAUUAGAUAGUUAAAUGGGUUUUAAUAAAAAGUAGCAUGCUGGUGGAGGGUAUUUAAGAUUCGGCAUAGCCGAACUUGUUUUAAAUUUUAUUGGUAAUUUAACAAAUGACAAAAUUUAAAAUAAAAAACAUUGAACAAUUAAUGCAGUAGUCCUUUAUUAUAGUCUAACAAAAUAAAAACUCAAAGAAAUAUUUAUUUAAGAUUGUUUGAACCUGUGAAUUAUUAAUAAACGAAAUACAUUUAGAAUUAUUGCCUGUAAGCGGUGCCUACAGUAAUGUAUUUAUAUUUUUAUAUGGUCACCUUUUUGUAUUUAAUAAAACAUUUUAAACCUAAAUUUUAAUAGUUAUUUAAUCUUAAAAAUCUGUCCGUUUUUAAUAUAUUUAUUAAAGGUAUUUAUAAAAAAACAUAAAUGUAAUUUAUUAAAUAAAACAUAAGAAACUGUUAACGAA